UGUGUACUUUUCUCUCAGCGCUGGAGCGGUCCUGCUAGAGCUAGCCUAAUCCAGGUCUUUUCGUACAUUUUUGGGAGAUUUUAUUUCAUCUCAUUGGUCACGAUGCUGAGCACGGUCAGCCGGCAACUCAGAAGCCACCCUGCCUUGAUCCCACUGUUGAUUUUCAUUGGCGGUGGAUGCACCAUGUCUCUGACAUAUCUGGCUCGCCUGGCCUUGCGUAACCCAGAUGUCUGCUGGGACAAAAAGAACAACCCAGAGCCCUGGAAUAAACUGGGGCCCAAUGAUCAGUACAAGUUCUACGCAGUGAGCACGGACUACAGCAAGCUGAAGAAGGACCGUCCUGACUUCUAAACGAAUCCAGAAGCCCAGUGCUGGACCAAAGGUUUAAAAACAAACUAAAGAUCAACAGGACGUCCGCACACUUGUCCUCAACAGCCCUUGUUCCUAAUUUAUGCAAAGAUACUAAAUUGCACUUGUCUUUGCUUUCCUGGAUCCCUUUUUAACAUCUAUGAUGUCUUGUAUUUUCUCUGAAGUCUUUGUAGUCAGAAACGAUUAAUAAAGGGUUUUCUCCCACAUACAGUGAAAAA